GCAGGUAUAUAAGCGAUGGGGAAUGAGAAGGGAAGCAACUCGAGCUGUCCACUCCAAGACUUCACUACACCUCAUCACUCUUGGAUACUAUCACAUCGUUUAGCAUGGGUUCAUUCGUUGCAGUUACCUUGUUGCUUGCUUGCUUUGCUGCCUGCGCUUUAGGGCAAUACGGCUACGGAUACCCUGGCCUGUACGGUGGUCUAGGAGGAUACGGUGGAUACGGUGGUCUAGGAGGAUACGGUGGAUACGGUGGAUACGGUGGUCUAGGAGGAUACGGUGGAUACGGUGGAUACGGAGGCCAAGGCGGGUACGGAGGCCAAGGUGGAUACGGAAGCCAGGGUGGAUACGGAGGCCAGGGUGGAUUCAACAAAGGUGGCAGCUCCACCUCAAUGAACGGCUUCUCCUACAACUCCAACACUGCCGGAGCCGGAGCUGUCGGAAGCGCCGCUGGUGCCGGAGGACAGGGCGGAUACGGCAGCCAGGGUGGAUACGGAGGUUAUGGCGGUCUUGGUGGAUACGGUGGAUACGGAGGUCUUGGUGGAUACGGUGGAUACGGCGGCUUGGGCGGAUUGUAUUAAUCCAGUUGCCUAGCUUCAAAAGCUGUUUUCCCGCCUCAUCACCAAGUAUACCAAGUCAUGUUGGUCACUGUGAAGUCGUAUGGAUAGCACCAUCUAUAUCUCAGUCUAUAAUAAAAAAUAUUCUAUUAA